GUGUUGUGUGAAAAAUGUUGUGGGCGGCGCACAUUCACAUUCAUUCUCCGCUCAUUCACAGACUGUCGGUGCUGCUGUCUUCAGACUACAGUCAUUCUCCAGACUGCGAUACUCCAGGCAACAGCGCGUAAGGGGGGGGAAGAAAGGAAAAACCACCGGCAUGAAUCGAGUAUAGCAUCUUUACGCGUCUUGGGAAUACGUUUCUCUGUCUGCAAGCUCAGUUUCCUUAGACAUUUCAACUCAAGUCCAGGUCUUGGAAAGGGAGAAUAUGAAACUGUCAAUUUCAAGAAGAUUUCUGGCGCUCUGUCAGUUGCUCAUCAUUUGUGAAAUGGCUGACUUGGCGCAUGGGUACUACAGAACACAGCGUAGAUUUUCUGAUGAUGUCGACUGGUCAUAUACAGAAUCAUUAAACCAAAACAACUGGGGGAAAAGGUACCCAUCUUGUAACAGUGCCAAGCAAUCCCCAAUUAAUAUUGAUGAGGAUUUCACUCAAGUCAAUGUGAAUUUUCAGAAACUAAAAUUUGAAGGCUGGGAAAAGGAAACAUCAGAGACAACCUAUAUACACAAUAAUGGUAAAACAGUUGAAAUUAAUCUGAAUGAUGACUAUUAUGUAAGUGGGGGAGGCCUUAAAACUAGAUACAAAGCUGGCAAAAUUGCAUUCCACUGGGGGAAAUGUAAUGCAACUUCUGAUGGAUCGGAACAUAGCUUAGAAGGACACAAAUUUCCCUUAGAGAUGCAAGUCUUCUGCUUUGAAGCAGAUACGUUUGAAAAUAUUGAAGAUGCAAUGAAGGAUAAUGGAAAAUUAACAGCUCUAUCUAUUUUAUUUGAGAUUGGCCCGGAAGACAAUGAGAAUUAUAAUGCAGUUAUGAAUGGUGUGGAUAGUGUGAGCCGCUUUGGAAAGAAUGCUGCUUUGGAGCCGUUUAGUAUGCUAAGCCUUCUUCCAAACUCUACAGACAAAUAUUACACGUACAGUGGUUCUUUGACAACUCCCCCGUGCACAGAAAAAGUUGAAUGGAUUGUAUUCAAGGACACUGUCAGUAUUUCAGAAAUCCAGCUGGAGAUGUUCUGUGAGGUUCUUACUAUGCAGCAAGCUGGAUAUGCUAUGUUGAUGGAUUAUUUGCAGAACAACUUUAGAGAACUCCAAUACCAGUACAUGGGACAAGUAUUCUCCUCAUACACUGGGAAGGAGGAGGUUCAUACAUCUGCAGAAGGACGCACAAAUGAAAAUCAUUCUGAAGAGUUUUGCAGCUCAGAACCACAAAAUGUCCAGGCUGAUCCAAAGAAUUACACAAGUAUUCUGGUGAUGUGGGAGAGGCCACGGGCUGUGUAUGAUUCAUUCAUUGAAAGAUAUGCAGUGUUUUAUCAGAGACUUGAAGGAGAACACCAAACCAAGCAUGAACACCUGACUGAUGGAGACCAGGAUAUGGGUGCUAUUAUAAAUGAUUUGACGGACAAUGCAAGUUAUGUAAUCCAGGUGGUUGCUGUGUGUUUAAAUGGACUAUACGGGAGACACAGUGAUCAGCUGAUAGUUGAUAUGCCUUUGGAUGAUCCUGAGAUUGACCCCGUUAUUGAUUUUAAUGACACUGAAGAUGCAACUGAUGAAUUUGAGGCGGCAUCAGACACACCAGUUACAAGUGCUGAGAACCGGACAAAUGUGGUCAGUGAGAAAACAGAAACAGUAAGGCCUACCACUGUAGCACCUGAAAGCGAGAAGAAAACAAGACCCAGCAAUGCUGUCACCAAAGACUAUUCUGUUGAAAGCUAUGUGGAAGUGAGUACAAGAAAUACACCUGAAACCGAAGAAACGUACUCUUUGGCCAGUGAGACUUCAGCAACUGACAGGCUUGCUGACUUUUACCCUGAGACCAAAACUGUAACAUCACCUACUGAGAAGGAUAUCACUUUCACCGAACCAGGGAAAAUGCUUGAAGGUUAUGAUACCUCUACAUCCUUCCAACAUGAAGAUGACAUUUUUACAGAUGCCGAAACAGGACCCCAAGCAACAACCAUUAGUCUGCCCAAGUUUACAACGACCAUCUCAGAUGCAAAUGUAACGCCCUAUGUCACGGAAGCAUCAGAAGACAUAGAAACCCCUGCAACUCAAGAUGCUGUCGGAAUGUUCCCAGUAAACUUAAACAACACUGUUGUUACUGAUAUUAAUUCUGAAGAUGUUGCAAAUUCUACCAGCUAUGAGAUUUCACCCAAAACUACAGAUUUUGAGGGUGACACCUUUGGCAACGCCACAGCUCCUCUUGUUAGUUCUGAGGUGCCCUCUGAUGGUGAGAUUCGUUAUAGUGAUACAAGGGAUGAAGAUACACGUCAUGUAACCACUCCUUACACCAGUGGUGAGAUGGUUUUUCAGGGUACUUCAUUUCCUAAAGGUUCAUUCAGUCCUACCUCUGAGGUAUUGCUGUAUUCUACAAGUUCGGGGCCAGGUGUCCAACAGCCAUCUACUUCUGCUGGCAGUGAAGUUCUCUCUCAGACAACUCAACCGGUAUUUAAUGGUGAGAUUCCACUUCAAACUACCUCUGGCUCCCCUCUUAGUGACAUUUUCCUCCACUCUGACCCAGCAUUGUUUGAUACCCAGAUGUUGAAUCAAGCUACCCCUGUUGCUUCUGAUUAUCCAAGUUCCCUGCAUGUCACUCCUGUAUUGCCCAGUGUUGAUUUGUUGCUUCAGCCCACCCUUCCUUCAUCUAGAGAUGUGUUGUCUGAAAGCCACACUGCUCCCACUGUUGACUUGCUUCUUAGUAGUAUUGGCUUUUCUCAGAGAGAUGUGUUUCAGCAAGCUACACCUGAAGCUGAUAGAGUGCCCCUGCAUGCUACACUGAUGUUGUCUGAUGGUGAUCUGUUUCUUCAGCCUACCCUCGCUUUCUCCUCCAGCAUGUCAUCUGCUCAGGCUACCCUUGCUUUAACUGAGACCUCUGUGUUUGACAGUAAGACUGAGACUUUUAGUAAAAGUAAAAUGGGUUCCAGUGACAGUGUACUGUCUCAUGCAACAUCUAUGACCAAGGUUGAUACAGUACUUAUGCCUACCUUAACUUUAUCUAGUGACACCCUACCCCUUCAAACUUUACCUGAUUCACCUGGCACUUCACUAUUAUUUUCUGACUCUGACUGGAGAUUUCUUCAAGUUACUAAAUCUUUCACCAGUGCUACUGAACAUGAAACCGCUAUGUUUUCCAGUUUUGAUUCACCUGUUCAGUCUAUUCCUUUAUCCAGUGAUGUUACUCUGACUGUGGCUUCUCCUACCUUCACUGGUAGGGAGUCGCUUGUUUCUUAUGCUGUGGGUUCUAGUGAAAGUCAAAUAGUGGGUCAAACUAACCAUACUUUGGUCUAUGCAGAAUCUGUAUUAACAGGUGAUAUGUUUUCUCAACUCCCCCGUGCUAGUAAGGAUGUGACACUGCUUCAAGUUCCCGCCUUCACUUCUGUUCUAAAAUUGACCACCCCUGAUUCUACUCAUAUGCUUCACACUGACAGCAGGACUCAAAUUAACCCAUCGCACUACAGCAGUACACCUUUUUUAUUGCAAGACACACUGCUUCCCUAUUCUAGUGAUACAGCCUCUCAGGUGGGCCAUGUCACCGCUACUGAUGCACUUGCUGACAGCACUGGUAACUUCUCUGACAGCUCACCUAAUGAUGCUUCUGCAGGUACAGCCACUUUAGCACUUCAGCCUAUGCUUUCUCUUCAUACUGUUUUUAGCACUAGCACUGAACAAUUAUUUCAGGGGACAUCUUUUACAUUAAGCACAGAAGAAUUGCUGCAAGCUCCCAUUUUCACUCUCAAUAACAAAGCACUGCUAGAUCCUGCCUCAACAUUAUCCAGUGAUACAGUUUCUCAUGUGUCUGAUGGAGGCCUUAAAGACAGUGAGGCAUUUCUGCAUGAUGCCUCUACAGGUGUCUUCAGUCAGAUGUAUUUUACAGUUGUACCAGAUGUGAAAUAUCAGACAUCAAAGCUGCACGCUACCUCUACACCCACCAUUGACAAUGUACCACCUGCACCUUGCAAAUGUGUGUCAAGCUGUCAUGUUUUAAUAGAAGAUCCAGCUCAAAGUACAACUGGUGUGACCAGUGCAGAUGGUUCUGUUUGGUUUGCUGUUUCUGAUAGCAUUAUACAUCGUCAAGCAACCUCUUAUCAAACUGUGUGGCAGCAUUAUAGUACCCCUGUCUCCUUGUCCCACGAGCUGCCAAUAGAUUCUACCCCUGUAUUAUCUAUUGAUGAUGUAUCAAUAUUACCCACAGAAUAUUUAGGCACAGUGGAUUCAAUCAGUAGCUUGGGUAAAAACGAGGUGUUUUCCAGUGAUGUGCCUGCUCCGGUUUUUCCUGUUUCUGAGCUCCACUUGUCUAUUGAUUCUGAUAGUGAUACGUACAUUUCUAUUACAGCUGCCACAGCCAACAGUAAGAGCCCAAUAACGCUCAUCUCUUUGGCAACUCCCUCAUAUCCCUAUUCAGUUUUGUCUCCCACUGUCAGUCCUGAUAUUGAAUCCAGACCCCCAGUUACUGAGGAUGACCAGUUUGUAAGCAGUGCUUCUAGUCCAUCACUUGAUAUAGAAUCUCAGGAAGAAUUAGAACAGGAGCAGGAAAGGCAGACAUCCACUACCACAAGGAACCAAAGCAGUCAAAAUGUUACAUCUGAAUUAAUUACACGUUCCUAUGCAAAGACAGCUACAACUAAAGCACUUGCUACAUCAGACCCAACGCUGAAUGAAAAUUAUGACCUGGAAUUGACUCCGGCCUCAGACACACUGAAUGGGAAACAACAUUCUUCUCCGUUCCCAUUUGAAAAUGAUAAUCAGACUGAUCGUUUUGAAGAAAAAUCAACCACAAAAGACUCUACAACGUGGACUUUAGGCAACACAGAUGAAGAAAGUGGUUCUGGUCAGGGAACCUCAGAGAGCCUCAACGAUAAUGAAACAUCUUCAGAUUUCAGUAUUCCUGACUACACUGACAGGGACUCAGAAGGUACAGCUGAUGCAGAAGCCAGCAACAGCAGCCACGAAUCCCGCAUUGGUCUAGCAGAAAGUGUUGAAAAAGAGAAAAGGGCAAUUGUCCCUCUGGUGGUGGUGUCAACUCUCACCUUUCUCUGUCUAAUGGUGCUAGUGGGGAUUCUCAUAUAUUGGAGGAAAUGCUUUCAGACGGCUCAUUUUUAUUUAGAGGACAACACAUCACCUCGAGUGAUAACAAUACCAUCAACACCAAUCCUCCCCGAUUCAGAUGAUGUUGAGGCAAUCCCUGUGAAAAACUUUCCAAAACACGUAGCAGACCUUCACGACACAAAUAGAUUUACUGAAGAAUUUGAGAUUUUGAAAGAGUUGUAUGAGGAAAUUCAGACUUGUACUGUCGAUUUAGGUAUCACAUCAGACAACUCCAACCAUCCCGAUAAUAAGAACAAGAAUCGAUACGUUAACAUUGUAGCAUAUGAUCACAGUAGAGUAAAACUUGCACCUCUUCUUGAAAAAGAUGGAAAGCACAGUGAUUACAUUAAUGCAAACUAUGUUGAUGGAUUCAACAAACAAAAAGCCUAUAUUGCAGCCCAAGGGCCUCUGAAAUCAACAGCUGAAGAUUUCUGGAGAAUGAUCUGGGAACAUAACGUUGGAGUUAUUGUUAUGAUCACAAACCUAGUUGAGAAAGGAAGGAGAAAAUGUGACCAGUACUGGCCUUUAGAAAACAAUGAAGAAUAUGGCUGCUUUCUUGUGUCAGUGAAGAGUACUAAAGCCAUGGCCUGUUACACUCAGCGACACUUCACUGUGAGGAACACCAAAAUAAAAAAGGGAUCCCAGAAAGGGAGGCAUAUUGAACGUACAGUUAUCCAGUAUCACUACACACAGUGGCCUGACAUGGGAGUUCCUGAGUACACACUUCCUGUUCUGACCUUUGUGCAAAAGUCUUCAGCAGCCAGAACCACUGACAUGGGGCCAGUUGUAGUUCAUUGCAGCGCUGGGGUUGGGAGGACAGGUACUUUCAUUGUGCUGGACAGCAUGUUACAACAGAUCAAAAACCAGGGCUCUGUAAACAUACUUGGGUUCCUGAAACAUAUACGAACUCAGAGAAACUACUUGGUGCAAACAGAGGAGCAGUAUGUUUUCAUUCAUGACACUCUAGUGGAGGCCAUCCUUAGUAAGGAAACCGAAGUUGCUGCCAGUCACAUUCAUGCCUAUGUUAAUACCCUCUUGACUCCAGGGCCAUCAGGAAAAACCCAUCUGGAGAAGCAGUUCAAGUUCCUAAGUCAGCCCAAUGCAAAACAGUGUGACUAUUCGACUGCACUGAAGCAAUGCAACAGGGAAAAGAACAGGAGUGCAUCUCUUAUCCCCAUUGAGCGAUCCAGAGUUAGCCUACCCACGGUAUCAGGUGAAGGUACAGAUUACAUCAAUGCCUCCUCUAUCAUGGGCUAUCAUCAGAGCAGUGAGUUCAUUAUAACUCAGCAGCCACUUCCAAAUACCAUAAAGGAUUUCUGGAGAAUGAUAUGGGACCGCAAUGCACAGAUAAUUGUCAUGCUUCCGGAUAACCAGAGUCUGGCAGAAGACGAGUGUGUCUACUGGCCAAACAAAGAAGAACCAAUGAGCUGUGAAACAUUCACAGUUACUCUGAUUGGUGAAGAUCAUGUUUGCCUCUCAAAUGAGGAGAAGCUUGUUGUCCAGGAUUUUAUCCUGGAAGCUACACAGGAUGACUACGUCCUUGAAGUAAGACAGUAUCAGUCUCCAAAAUGGCCAAAUCCUGACAGCCCAAUGAGCAAAACCUUUGAACUGAUUAACCUAAUCAAAGAGGAAGUGGCAACACGAGAUGGACCAAUGAUUGUGCACGACGGGUAUGGGGGAAUAACGGCAGGAACAUUCUGUGCAUUGACCACAGUUGUGCAUCAGCUGGAGAAUGAAAACUCUGUGGAUGUCUAUCAAGUGGCAAAGAUGAUCAACCUAAUGAGGCCUGGUGUCUUCACAGAUAUUGACCAGUACCAAUUUCUCUACAAAGCUACCCUUAGUCUUGUGAACACAAGGGAAGAUGAGAAAGCUAUAUUGUCGGCUGAUAACAACGGCACCAUUCUGGGCGAUGGAAGUAAUGCAGCUGAAAGUUUGGAAUCCUUGGUGUAACUCUUGUAACAAUGAAAACUCUCAAUGAAUUUACAGCUUUUGAAAGAUAUUGCUAUGCCUUUUUGUGAAUCCCUCUAAAUUCCAUUUUUAAACGAUAUGACACUGUUGCUGGAUGUAAUGUGUGCCUUUAUAUAAUUCAUGUUGUACUUUUAUUUGAUUUUAUAUGAUUUGGACUAAUUCACAUGCUAGACUUAUGUUUAAAAGAUGAAAAGUGUGAUUUCAGUGAGGCUCAGUAUUAGUUUACACAUCAUUCUCCAAACUUGUUCUAACUUUUGAUUUUUUUAUUUAUUGGCAGUGAGUUAAAUGUUAAGGCAUGAAAGAAAGAAAAAAUAUCCUUCUUAAAUGACACUAUGUAACUAGUAUAUUUUUUUGUAGCAACCAUGGAAUUUGACAGAAUUGUGUUGUCCAUAUAGAUCAUGUAAAUAAAAUGAUUCUUAAUAGUG